AGGUGGGUCCCGCGUGGCCUACGUCUGCUCCUGCACCAGAAGCAGAGGACUGGUGGCGCUAUCCCACCUUUAGUUCUAACUAAAGAUGACAGCCUCGGUCCACCUGUCUCACUAGCCAGUCACCAGGGUUAACAACCAGAGUUAACUCAGAUCCAGAUGUCCUGGAGACGUCACACGUGCCACACCGCAUCUUCUGCGAGUUGGAACGCCUCAAGUUUGACCCUAAGCCUCGGCAUUGAAAGCAACAUUAAAGCCAUCAGCAACGUCUUGUUUUUCAUUUUACCGCCCAUCUGCAUGUGCUUGUUUCGUCAGUAUGCAACAUGCUUCAACAGUGGCAUCUACUUAAUAUGGACUCUUUUAGUUGUAGUGGGAAUUGGAUCUGUCUACUUCCAUGCAACUCUGAGUUUUCUGGGUCAGAUGCUUGAUGAACUUGCAAUUCUUUGGGUUCUGAUGUGUGCUCUGGCCAUGUGGUUCCCCAGAAGGUAUCUACCAAAGAUCUUUCGGAAUGACAGGGGCAGGUUCAAGGCGGUGGUUUGUGUCCUCUCUGCAGUUACAACAUGCCUGGCGUUCGUCAAGCCUGCCAUCAAUAACAUCUCCCUGAUGACCCUGGGUGUUCCUUGCACUGCUCUCCUCAUUGCAGAGCUGAAGAGGUGUGACAACGUGCGUGUGUUUAAGCUGGGUCUCUUCUCAGGCCUCUGGUGGACCCUCGCCCUCUUCUGCUGGAUCAGUGACCGAGCCUUUUGUGAGCUGUUGUCUUCCUUCCACUUUCCCUACCUGCACUGCGUAUGGCACAUCCUCAUCUGCCUGGCAGCCUACCUGGGCUGCGUCUGCUUUGCCUACUUUGAUGCUGCCUCGGAGAUCCCUGAGCAAGGCCCAGUCAUCAAGUUCUGGCCCAGCGAGAAAUGGGCCUUCAUCGGCGUCCCCUAUGUGUCCCUCCUGUGUGCCAACAAGAAAUCACCAGUGAAGAUCACAUGAUGGCGAGGCGGUGGCUGGCGUCUCUGCUUAUUUUUCCUCAUGCACUGUCUUCGUUAGCUAGCAGAGACAGCCGAGGGGGUUUGAAGAAUUGGAAUGGGGAUAUGCCUUUUAAAAAUUCACUUCCCUUGGGCUCUAACUUGUGUGUCUGUGGACCUUCAGGAUCCCACUGUGCAUGGGGAGAAGUUAGUGUCCUUUCCUUUCCCAUAGGUGGAAAGCAAAGGGCUUGGGGACAGUAGGUGUAUCUUUCUCAGCGUCACUUCCCAACGAGGUAGCUUGUUGGGCUUCAUCUUUUGUGGUCAUGGCAGGGUAGUCUCCUGGGGCAUCUAGUACUGUGCCAUGUCUCUUCCUUGGAGAAGAUGGGCUGUUCCAGACCCCUCCAUUCCCAGGCACUCUUCAUGUGGACACUCUGGGGAGCAACAGGCCCUCUGAUCUGCUGAUGGAAGAUGCCAGAGGUUUUCAUUUGGGGAAACUGUUCUUAACUGAAACCAAACAAGCAAAACACAUACGGGCCUUGUGAUUAGGGAGUCUCGUUUUUCACUUGUAACUCUCGACUCACGUGGGUUUCACAUGCAUUUGUGAAUCCUUUUACUACUACCUCUGCUGAGAUUUGGAGACUUAACUUCAGAUGAGGGUGCAGUUCCUAGGUAAAACCCUCUAGGCCAACCUCUCCACUCCACUGCAAGCCAUCCUUGAAGAUGAGCACAAGUUUUAAAUGCUGACAUCAUUUCUGCCUCCCCUUUCCCACCCUCUCUCAGGAGCUUUAAACCCUCUGAGAAGGCUAGCUGUGGUGUAGACAUUCCCACAGUCCCCUUGCCCUGCCUUAGGUGUUAACCUCUGGGUAAUGACCUAAGGGCUGCUUGCAGUUGUGGUGGGGCUUUGGUUUCAAGGUCAGGGGCAAACAACAACAACGAAGUUUUUAAAACUUUGAAUUCUCCCAUGUGCUGUACUGGUCCAGAAGUUAACCUUCCAUAAUCUCACGUCUCAUUUCUUAGUAUUUCCUGUGGGAAUUAUACACCACAUGGUUGUAGGACAAGGUGCUUCCUGUGGCUUCUUGGAGCAUUUGCCUGCUCACUUUUCUUAAAUGCUGGUCACAGUCACAGGUGCAGGAGGACAAAUCUCUUGCCCUCUGAGAUUUUCUCACCCAGCACAGAUGCUACAAUGAAUCCUCUCUUCACUGAGCUGAAUGGAGGACUCUAAAUCUGUCUUCAAGGUGUAAGGUGGGAACUGGCAACCUCAGGGAAUUUCAUUUGAACUCAGGCAUCUUCAACUUUGUAACAUUCCAUUGUCGAGAGAGGAAGGACAGGCACAUCCUUUUUCUGUGGCGGGAGUAGGGAUGUAGCAGUUUUUGGCACAGAUAAGAAGCCCAGGGACUUUUAUUCUGGUUGGAAUUUGCACAAGAUCCAAGGUGAAACGCUCCAUAAGCAAAUGAAUUUAGAAUUUAAAAAUGAAUGACUUUAUUCUACUUGUGGUUUCUAUUAGUAGUGGAAUCCUGUUGGUAGUAAGAAAUCUUUAUGUGAAAUAAAUUAUAUUUUAUUAACUUAAAUUUAUGCUAAGGUUAGACUUAGAGCAUUUACUUAAUUAUUUUUCAGAUGGUGAAUAUGCAGGCUAACAAAUUGGUGAUUUCCAAGGUAGAAAAUUUUGGAAUUGAAUGAGUAGGCAUGUGACUAUAUUGUAGUUUAGAACUAUAUUUUUAAAAUUAUUUUUUAAUUAAAUAUUUAGAGAAUCUCUGAGACCUAGGUGUUUCAUGAAAAUAGAACUGUUCUUAAGUUCUUUAGGGUUUAAGUCUAGAAUUUUUAAAAGGGCAGUAUCAGACAGUCUCUUUAUUUCAGGUUGACCUUACCAGGUAUGGAUUCUAGGCCAUUAACUUCACGCUAUAAAAAUGCUCCAAAGUAGAUAGUUGGUCUAUUUUAAGCCCAACUGUCUUAGUGUGAUAACAUAGUUAAGAAGUGAAUACAGAAAUGAUUUUUUCGUGGAAGGUUUAAUUUGUCUUGAGGGUUCCUCAGUGACAAGAAUGUUGUCCCCAGUCAAGGGGCACUCUUUCUUCCUAUCAGGUAAAGCACUUGUCUCCUGGGGCCCUGGUGACACUCCUGUCACCUCCAGCUUCUGGAAAUAGAGACACAGUGUGACUGGUGGGUGUAUUUGAGCAGACCUGGAAGUGAGGACGUUAGUGUCCUGACUCACCGGGCCACUUCAUCCCUCUUCUACAAGACGAAGGACUGAGGUGUCAGAAGCAAUGGUUUUGAUGUGAAAAGCAGAAUGCCCUUUAGAGAUUGGUUCUGCAGAGAGGAGGGCUGAGAAAGAACCAUGGAAUGGGGAAUCGUUGAGGAGAACAAGACAUCAUUCCACUUUUGAACAGUAAUCACUAUAGUAUUCCAGUGUGGGAUGAGAAAUGAAGAAAGUAGAAAUUUAUCUAUCUUAUGUUACGUUAGAUUUAUGGUAUCAUUCUUAUUUAUUUAAAAGCACUACAUACUCUUUACAGAAAAUAAAUAGAGGAAAAAAUAGUCAAUUUCUAUUGCCUAAGUAUAAUCAUAAUUAAUAUUUUCAUAGAGUUUCUUAUUUUUCACUCAUCUUUUUUCCCCUUUAAUAUAGUUGUAAGUAAGAAUCUCUUGGGGUUGACCAUUUGUCCUAUAGCUUGAGGGGAAUCUGAAUGCCUGUUGUG